AUGAGUGACUCUGGAGGUGAUAAUGAUGAUGAUCAACAACCAUUCAUUGAGAGAUCGAAAAACACCAACAAAUUUAUGGACUAUCGAAAAAUAUUAUGGCAGACAUACUUGCCAAAUGGGUGUAAUCCAGCUGAUCAUUUUAACUUGGAUUCUAAAUUGAUUGCUUCUUUGUUGCUGCCUUUCUUCAGGAAUAAUCCUCAAUUCAAGGUGAAAGAUGUUCAGACUAUUUUUGAGGUUGAACUAAAACAUACACAUUCCUAUAAAAAGGCAUGGAUUGGCCGCAAACGUUCUUUCAAAUUCAUAUAUGGUGACUUUGAUUACUCAUUCGCACAACUUCCAAGAUAUAGACCAGUCAUCUCUAUAGACGGCACUCACAUUUAUGGAAAAUAUGAUAUAAAGAUGUUGAUUGUUGUGACUGCUGAUGCAAAUGGGCAAAUAUUUUCACUUGUUUUUGCAAUUGUUAACAAGGAAACCAAAGAAGAAUGGUCAUGGUUUUUGUCGUGCCUUGGAAUUCAUGUGGUAGUUGAUCGUAGAGGUGUUACAUACAUAUCUGAUCGUGCUCCUGAAAUACUUAGAAGUUUUAAUGAUUUGUUUGAGUUACAUGAGCCGAAUGCAUAUCAUUGCUUUUGUCUUAGGCAUGUGAAAAUUAACUUUCUGUCUAACUUUCCUAACAAGCAACUUGAGGGAUUAAUGUGGCAGGCUGCUAUUCAACACCAAGAAUGUAAAUUCAAAGCCGUCAUGCAAAGUUUGAAAGAUGCUGAGCCAGGUGCUUACAAUUUCUUAAUGAAAAUUCCAUUAGAAAAAUAG